AUGAGUGAAGUCGAAAAGCCAUCUGAGGACGCGCCAAGACGCGGAUCAUAUGUCCCCAUUGAAUUCACAGCCGAAAUCGAAGCGCAGUGUCUGAAGCAGGUUGAGUUUUACUUUUCUGAAUUUAAUUUCCCUUACGACAAGUUCCUGCGCACUAUUUCUGACAAGAACGACGGAUGGGUCCCCAUCACCACCAUUGCGACUUUCAACAGGAUGAAGAAGUUCCGCCCUGUCGAUAAAGUCGUGGAGGUGUUGAAAACUUCCAAGAUUUUGCAAGUAAGCGAGGAUGGCGAAAACGUCAAGAGACGCGUUCCCUUGGACUUGCAAAACGAUGUCAGACGCGAGAGAGGCAAAAGAACCGUGGCCGUGCUAAACUUUGCACACGACAAGGAGAAGGACAAGACCGAGUUGCAAGAACAGAUCGAAGAGUUUUUCAACAAGUUUGGCACUGUCAGUCAGGUGCGUUUGAAGAAGGACCAUCGCAAGAACUUCAACGGCACUGUAAUUGUGGAAUUUUCGACCGAGGACGAUGCGCAGAAAUUCCUCGACACCUAUGGCCCGGACAAAGAGGUGCUAUCGUUCGAAAAUCGUCAACUGGACGUUAUGUCCAAGAAACAGUACAACUUGCAACGCGAGGCUACGCGCAGCAAGAACUUCAGUGGUAGUGGCCAGCGCACGCGCUCGUUCACAGGCCACAGAAAGAACAUGCCUGUUGCUCCAAAAAAGUCAAAGGAGGGUGCUGCUGAAGAGUCCGAAAGCGCAGUCGAGUAA